AUGGCCUCAUCAUCAGGGGCCAGGACGCCCCGGAGCGUCUCGGACGCCACCCGAUUCACUCCUACUACACCACACGCCGCAUCCAAGGCCGCCGAGUCCUCCAGAUUCCAACCUCCAUCAUCAGCCGAUGCGGCCGCCCGCCCUGUCUCAUCCAAAUUCAAAGACCCCAGGAGACCACCGCCCCAGUCGCAGCAACCUCCCGGAGGAGGCGGCAUGCCCACGCCCGGAGCUCACAUAAACGAAACUCCCGAGCAGCGCGUCGCACGCCUGCGCGCCCAGCACCUGGCUGCUCGCAACGCCGAGCUGACGUUCCUGGACAAGUUUGUCGACAGGAGCCGACCGAUCCUGGACCGCGUGCACCGAUUCACCGUGCUGGGGCUGAUUGGUUUUACUGCAAUCGCGACUGUCGUGACGGCCUAUGCCGCCUUUGACAUGAUGGUGUACAAUCGCAAACGUAAGAGCGAGUUCAUAGCUGCCCAGAAGGAGAUGGACGAGUCAUCUCUGCAGGCCGCCCGUCUGGCCUAUAUGCGUGGCGACGCGACGGCCGAGCAGAUCGCCCUGGUUGAGGAGGCCAAGGCCAAAGGUAUCGACACAUCCUUCUUCAGCAACACCUCCGCAAGGACAGCGACGAAGCCGCCAGCAGCAGUAGAGGCGACGGUAACACAACCCGAGACACCCUCGAUCGACAUGAACCAAACAGGUUGGCAGGCGGUCAAGGGAUUCUUGUUUGGCGGACUGAAGACGGAAGAUGAUGUCGUCGCAGGGAAGCCCAGGACUGCUGCAAGCGACGCCGCGGCGGCCGCGGGCGGUAUCGUCAAGACAGUCGAGGACAAGGCCAAGGCUGCUUUUGAAAAGGAGAAGGAGAACCAGGCCAGCGGCGGCAUGCUGGACAAGAUAGGAACUGUUGCAGCCGCACCGCAACUCGAAAAGGCCGCGAGCAGUAUCCGCAUGAGCAAGCCCAGCAGCAGCACCAGUCCUGCCACCGCAGCAGGUGACGCUGCGCUUGCGACGGAUGCAGGCUCAACACCGCCGAAAAAGGGCUGGUUUUGGUAG